AUGACAGACAUAGAUUUAGAGCAAGGAGAGACGUACGGAUACCACCACCGACGGUCGUUCGGUGGAAGUGACGUAAGCGUUUAUUAUUCAGACGGGGAGGACGUGACGUCAUGUUACUCUUACUUCUACUCGACGACGGGAGGAUCUUACGAACACGAAGGAGGAGAUGAUGAGUCGAGGAAAGUGUCGUCGGCGACGGCGAUGGAGAUAGAUGACGAUGAUGAUGCGACGGCGCCGCCGGAGAAAGAUUGUCGGAUAUGUCAUUUGGGAGUGGAGACAACAGGCGGAGGAGGAGGGAUUGAGUUGGGGUGUUCGUGUAAGGACGAUUUAGCGGUUGCUCAUAGACAAUGUGCUGAAACUUGGUUCAAGAUCAAAGGCGACAAAAUCUGCGAGAUUUGCCAAUCAGUAGCCCGAAACGUGAGUGGCGCAAACGAAAUGGUUAGACCAACGGAGGAAGAAACAGAGUUGAGAAACGGCGGAAGCGGUGAGGAAAUGGCGGCAACGGCAACGGCAGCGGCAGGAUUGGUGGAAAGCAGGUGGCAGCCACAGAGAAUGGUGAAUAUAGUGUUAGCUUGUAUGGUCUUUGGCUUCUUCAUUUCAUGGCUCUUCCAUUUCCAUGUUUCCUCAUAA